AUGACGAUUCAUCCAGAACAACAACAUCUUGUCAUCCAAUUACCUGAGCUGAUCAGUCAAAUUUUAUGGUUCCUUGCUCCUUAUCAUUCUUCCGCUCAACCUACCAUCCUUCAUCGAAAGAAACGUUUGUUACAUCCCUGUCUUUUUGUCAAUCGCUUAUGGCAUGAUUGCACCGUGCGUCAUCUAUGGAAAAAUGUGGUAUUUGAAGAUACCAUUGCUGAUUUGACUGCACUACAGAAAUUCACAAGCGUUUUAAGCCAAACACCCAUCAUCCCGAAGACUCUUCCCAUUUCAGUAUCAUCCUCUACGCUGUCAUCCUUAUCUAUCCCUUUCCAUCAUCAUCAUCAUCAUCGGAUCUCCAUCUCUAAGCAUGAUCUCUACCGACAAGUCUUGCGCUCCCUGACACUCCGGCGUCUCAAGGACAAGGAUGUCCACUUCACACUAAUGCAACUAGCAAAACAUACCAAAUACGUGGAGCGACUAGAGUUGUACAUCUGCGACGGGAUUCAAGAUGAUGCGGUGAUGACACUGAUAAGUCAUAGCGGACGGUAUCUGACGCAUGUAUCGCUUGCGGGAUGUUGCCAAGUAACGGAUGCGACGGUGUUGAAGCUAGCACGCGAUGUCCCACAACUGACACAUCUGGAUGUGCGUGCGUGUGGGCAAAUCUCAGACAUCAGCUUGAUCCCUUUGGCCACAGGUUGUCCUCAACUGACCCAUCUCAACGUUGGCCGUGUCAAAGAAAGCCAACGCAUUACCAGUCAAGCCAUCAUCUGCAUCGCCCAACAUACACAAGUCAAAGUGCUUGGUUUGGCUGGUUGUGCCAUUGAUGAUGAUGCUAUCAUUGCCCUCGCUCAUUAUCGUCGUGGUGCCCUGGAACGUAUUUCCGUCAACCAUUGUCAACAACUCACCAAUCAUGCCAUCCACGCUCUGCGUGAUCAUUGCCUCAACUUGCUUGUCUUUGAAAUGAAGGAGUGUUAUUUGAUCGAUGAUUGGUCUACUGUCGAUUGCUUGGUCGCAAGAAACGUCUUGCUCACUUUGAAUGAUCAUCAAAAAAGAUUAUGUCUUGCUUGGGGUCAACGUCGUGGAAAAGACAUUCUCGUCAAAGCACCUAUCAAAUCAUAA